AUGUCAGGUGCAAGUCUUGUGGUGGUGGAAAAAUGUUCCGAUGUUACUGGACUACCGGACCGAGUGGAAAUCUUCAAUCAGGGUACUAUUCUCGGACGAAAUGGUUGCGCCAAAAUCAUUGAACGGAUAUCCCCCGAAAUAACAACCUGUAUCAUAGCAUCGUUACUCGGUGAGCAGAGAAUUCUAUUGGCGGAUCGUACAGUAUGUGCCGUAUCGAAGUUGGUCCAGUCUAUGGAGGCUCUUAUUCAACCAUUUUGUUGGCCUCAUGUUUUCAUACCUGCCGUACCAGAUAAUCUUAUCGAUUUAUGUCACAAUCCCACACCUUACCUCAUGGGUAUUUUAAGGUAA